AUGGGGUCCCUGACGAUCACGGGCAAGAUGCGCUUCCACCUCGCCCUCGGUUUCGCGGCGGCGGCCUCUGCCGUCAAGGUCAAUCCCCUGCCGGCGCCGCAGGAGAUUACCUGGGGCACAUCUGGUCCCAGGAGCGUCGGCUAUCUCGACUAUCGCACCAAUUCGGACCACAAGCCCAACGACAACUCGCGCGUCGUCAAGGAUGCCUGGAACCGCGCGAUUGAGGCGGCCAAAAAGCUUCGCUGGGUACCGCAAGCUACCGAGGCUCCCAUCCCCAAGUUCGACCCCUUCCCCACGGCGGGCAGCGAUGCCAACACCAAGCGGACCACGGGAGGCAGCUGGUUGUCGGGUGUCAACAUCAAGAUCGACGACUGGUCGGCGGACCUGAAGCAUGGCGUUGACGAGAGCUAUACCCUGACGAUUGGGUCCUCGCCGACGAUUGAGAUCACGGCCAAGACGGCCUGGGGCGCGCUGCACGCUUUCACGACUCUGCAGCAGCUCAUCAUCUCGGACGGGCGCGACGGUCUUCUGAUCGAGCAGCCCGUGACCAUCAAGGAUCGCCCCAACUUUGCCUACCGCGGCGUCAUGGUCGACACGGGUCGCAACUUCAUCAGCGUCAACAAGAUCAAGGAGCAGAUUGACGGCCUCGCGCUUUCCAAGAUGAACAUUCUGCACUGGCACAUCACCGACACGCAGUCCUGGCCCAUCCACAUCGACGCGUACCCGCAGGUGACCAAGGAUGCGUACUCGUCUGCGGAGACGUACUCGGCCAGGGAUGUGGCCGACAUCAUUUCUUACGCGCGUGCUCGCGGCGUGCGCGUUGUUCCCGAGAUCGACAUGCCCGGCCACUCUGCGUCCGGCUGGAAGCAAAUCGACAAGGACAUCGUGACGUGCGAGAACAGCUGGUGGUCCAACGACGUCUGGGCGCUGCACACGGCCGUGCAGCCCAACCCCGGCCAGCUGGAUGUUAUGAACCCCAAGACCUACAAGGUCGUCGAGCAGGUGUACAAGGAGCUUUCAAGCCGCUUCACCGACGACUUCUUCCACGUGGGUGGUGAUGAGCUCCAGACGGGCUGCUUCAACUUCUCCAAGGGCAUCCGUGACUGGUUUGCCGAGGACAAGUCGCGCACCUACUUCGACCUCAACCAGUACUGGAUCGAGCACUCGACGCCCAUCUUCAUGGACAAGAAGAACACCGGCAACAAGAAGCGUCGCCUCGUCAUGUGGGAGGAUGUCGUGCUCUCAGCUGACGCUGCUGCCACCAACGUCUCCAAGGACGUCAUCAUGCAAUCGUGGAACAAUGGCCUCACCAACAUCGGAAAGCUCACCGAGGCCGGAUACGACGUCAUUGUCUCUAGCUCCGACUUCCUGUACCUUGACUGCGGCUUCGGUGGCUACGUGACCAACGAUGCCCGCUACAACGUCCAGUCCAACCCCACCCCCGACACGCCCAACUUCAACUACGGCGGCAUCGGCGGCUCGUGGUGCGCUCCUUACAAGACGUGGCAGCGCAUCUAUGACUACGAUUUCACAUCUAACCUGACAUCCGCGCAAAAGAAGCACGUCAUCGGCGCCGCCGCGCCCCUCUGGUCCGAGCAGGUCGAUGACACCAUCAUCAGCGGCAAAAUGUGGCCGCGCGCCGCUGCCCUCGGCGAGCUGACCUGGUCGGGCAACAAGGACCCCAAGACGGGCAAGAAGCGCACCACCACAUUCACUCAGCGCAUUCUCAACUUCCGAGAAUACCUUGUGGCCAACGGCAUCAGCGCGACACCCCUGGUGCCCAAGUACUGCAUGCAGCAUCCGCACGCGUGCGACCUCUACUAUGAUCAGGAGGCGGUCAAAUAA